GCGAGUGCGUUCGUUCGUUCCUGACAGUUCUUGUCCAUCGUCUCUCCGCCGCUCAGCAAAGAUGGGUAUCUCUCGGGACUCCAUGCACAAAAGGCGUUCCACUGGUGGAAAGAAGAAGGCAUGGAGGAAGAAGAGAAAGUAUGAACUCGGUCGCCAGCCAGCCAACACUAAACUGUCGAGCAACAAGACUGUUCGGAGAAUCCGUGUUAGAGGAGGCAAUGUAAAAUGGAGGGCCCUCAGGUUGGAUACAGGAAAUUUCUCAUGGGGAAGUGAGGCUGUCACCCGUAAGACACGUCUCCUUGAUGUGGUCUACAAUGCCUCAAACAAUGAACUUGUCCGGACGCAGACCCUAGUAAAGAGUGCAAUUGUUCAGGUUGAUGCUGCUCCAUUUAAGCAAUGGUACCUUCAGCACUAUGGUGUUGAUAUUGGCAGGAAGAAGAAGGUGGCGGCUGCCAAGAAGGAAUCAACUGAGGAAGGAGAAGCUCCUGCAGAGGAAACAAAGAAGAGCAAACAUGUCCAGAGGAAGCUGGAGAAGCGUCUUCAGGAUCGUAAACUUGACACCCAUAUUGAAGAGCAAUUUGGCAGUGGGAGGUUGUUGGCUUGUAUCUCUUCUCGCCCUGGCCAAUGUGGCAGAUGUGAUGGGUACAUAUUGGAAGGGAAGGAGUUGGAGUUCUAUAUGAAGAAGAUCCAGAGGAAGAAAGGCAAGGGUAGUGCUGGUGCUGCUUAAGCAAAUCCUUGUUGCAGGUGUUUCAAUUUUCCCUUCUUUUGGCAUUAGGUUUUCUUGUUAUGUUGUUCGUGCUUAGGAGGAUGAUGUGGUUGCUGAUCACAGACUU